AUGGGGAACUUAAGAAGGGGGAAGAAAAAUGUGGAAGCUGAAAACAUUGUCAUGUUAGAUGAGGAAAAUGAUUGUUUCAGUAAUGUCGAUAUUCCCAAACCAGAAAGUCUUGCAAAGAAAUCACGUGCUUCAAAAAGAUUAAAAAACAACAAGAAUUUUACUCCAAAGUCAUACAUAUACAUUGAUGAUGAUGAUGAUGAUGAUGGUAAGCAUUCUCCAAUGAAGUUCUCAAAAUGCAAAAGGACAUACCCUGGGAAAGAUUCCAACAAUUGUCAUGGUGUUAGAAAGCAAUCAAAGAAUGAUCCAUCUACUCAUCAUAAUGCAUCUGAAUGUGAGCUCAUGGUAGAUUCAAAGGGGAUGCUACAAAAGCUAUGGGAAAGAGCAUCAUUGAAGAAAAAAACCAACGUUCAAAGUGAAUCUGAUUCUAAAAAAGGUCAUUGUGGUUUUGUGCACAUAGAUGAAAAGUCUAAAGAGACACCUACUAGUAAUCAUGAAGAAAAACAUAAGGCAGAAGAAGCUAAGCAGUUGCAACGUCUGCUGAAAAGAAAAGAAGCUGAAAAGUCACGUUUAUUAGACAUAGAGAGAAGACAAAUACAACGUGUGAAAGAAAUCAGGGAAACUCAAGAACAGGAAAAGGAAAACAUGAACAUGAAAGAAAUAUAUCGUACAAAAGUGCAAAAUGACCUUAAAAACCUGGAAAUGACAUGUCAUGAUAUGCCUUCAUUGUUGCGUGGUUUAGGAAUCUUUGUUGAUGACUCAUCAACUCAAAUUCGUGCUGCUUAUAAACGAGCAUUACUUAGCUUUCACCCAGAUCGAGCUACUGGAUCUGAUAUGCACCAACAAGUUGAAGCUGAGGAAACGUUCAAGCUUAUAUCGCGCAUGAGGGAUAAAUUUAUAUGAUGAUAAAUUUAGUUUGGUUAAUUUGACUUUUUUUUUUUUGGCACUUGUGUUAAUAAUAUGCGCAUAAUUAUAGGCAUCAAGGAAUGUAACAGAAUGAUUUGUUUUGUUUUGACAAACGAGCCAUCUUUGUUACUUUUUCAUUCUAUUAUGGUCAAUGAAAACUGACAAUAUAUGUUAAUCAUUCCUCAAAGUGUAAAUAAUUAAACAAGAGGAAAAUUGAG